AUAUAUAUAUAUAAUUAAAAAAAUUAUUAGUUAAGAAAAUUAGAUAAAACAAGUAGAGUUUUUUAAGAGAUAGAGAAGGAGAGACAAAAAAAAUAAAAGAAUGAAUUUUAAAGCAUCAUUUUUAUAACUAAUUUAUCUUCUGUUACAUUAUGUCUUAUCAGGGUAGACAUCCUAGUGUCCAAAAUUUUCUAUUCAACACUUGCCUCGCUUCUUCGAUAGUCAAUAGAUAUUAGGUUAUCUAAAAAUUCCAAAAACAAAUAUUAUCUUAAUCAAUACUCUUUCGAAUAAUUAAAAUGGAGUUACUGAAAUUUCUAAUGUAGUGUAUUACGAUGACAUUACGAAAAAUGAAGACAACAUCAUUAAUGCAAUCAAGCCUGAUUAUACAAUUGUAUAAAUGGAGUAUAUUUAGAAAAAUAAUUAUAUUCUAAUUGUUAGUUCAAAUCAGCUAAUCGCAGCAAAUGUUUAUACAUUACAGAUAGUAAAGUUCCUCAUAUUUAGAUUAACAACAGGUGUAAGCCUUAUUUAAGGCACUGACUUAGCUAUUUUAACCACUAGAGCUUGUAUAUUCUACAUAAUUGAUGUUGUUUAGUUUAAACAGAUAUACUCUGAAGAUAUUUGCAACUAUUACUAUGAUGUUAAUAAUUUUAUUAAAUAUCCAAGAACAUUUAUCCUAAAUAAUGGGCAAGUUUUUAUAACAAUAAAAGAUGAUUUUGGAUUUCAAGCUUGGUCUUUAAAUUUAACAACAUACUAACUUCAAUAACAUAAUUAUCUCCCAGAAAAAUAAACAGUGUAGCAUUAAAAAACAUGGUAUACAGAUAUAGACUUCUAUUAUGAUUGGAAUUUGAUAUUUUUAGUUGGCAAUUAUUACACACUUACCAUUUUAUAAAUUGGAGAUUUAAGUUAGAAUUAAUUUACUAUAUUACAAAAUAUGAAUUUGAUGGAUUGGGGCUAAAAUUUUUUGAACGUUUAAUUUAUUUAAUUUACUGAAUAAUCUAAAUAGAAUUUUAGCUUAUUUAUGAGUGACCCUUACACCUUAUACAGACUUGAUUUUACCAUUAUAGGGAAUUAGUUAACAUAAUCAAUAGAUUCUCUUACUUUUGAGUUUGCUUAGGAUUUUCCUGUAUAUUAUUAAGGAACUUAGUACACUAAAUGGUAUUACGUUUAAGAAAACAAAUAGUUAUUUAUACCUAUGAAUUAUAAUUAUUUUUUCUAGACAUAAAGUUUCGUUUUUUCUUAUCAAGAAAAUAAAACUAUAUGGCGUUAAGCUUACUAUUCUAGUGGAUGGACAAAAAUAUUUGCAAUUAAUCAAAAUAAUAUAAAUUAUUUUGUCUCAUAUAGUUACUAUUAAAUUUUAGUUAUAUAAGAUACAAUUGAUGGUCAUAUUAUAUGGAAAUCAAAUUUAAUACCUAAUGACAGCAUAUUUGCAAAAGAAAACUAUUUUAUGUAAGUUCAAAAUUACCCUAAAGGUUUUUUUGCAUUGAUGAAGUCUCAAUAAAUAAUCUAUAUAGAGAUAUUUUCAAAUCAAAAUAUUUAUAGUUUUUAAUUAAGUUAAAUUAAUCUUUCUUUGACGAGAAUGGGUUAUGUAUUGACUUCGUUUAUGGACUAAGAAAACAUUCUUUGGUUUAUUACAGGUUUACCUUAUAAAGACAAUAAAGAAAAUUUUUUAUUCUGGAUGAUUGAUUUUAAAAUUUAAAAGGCAAAAGCUUUGUAUUCAGAUAAUUUAGAUGACAAUUUGAAUAAAACAUGUUACGCUUUAUAUUCAGAAAAAAAUCAUUCUCUUGUAGGAUUAGAUGUAUUAGGAAAUGUUUAUGUAUGGGAUUCACUCAAUUAAUAUAAAUUUAAAUAUAAAAAGACAAUAACCAAAUACUAAUGUUAUAAAUCGGUAAUGGGUCAAUUAUAUAAUGAUGGCAACAAUAUUUACUUAAUUGUACUGUGUGAUGAUCAUAAGGUAAUUAGUUUUAAUAUAGAUACAGAAGAUACUUAACUACUAAUUUAAAUGUCUUCUGAUUCAGAUCAUAUUAAUUCUUUUGAAGAUAUUUAAUUGAUUGGUAUUGGAGAAAGCAAUACAGGAAGUGUAUUUUUAUUUAGAUAUAAUUAAAAUAGUAAGAAUUUUGAGUCUUUUUUUAAAAUAUAAACCAUUAAAUACAAUGAUAAAACAUUAAAUUUAAUUUAUUUAGCUGACUCUCAAUAGCUCUUUAUCUAAUACUACUACAGUAACAACUUUUUACCAAUAGGAGUGUGCUUAGAAAAUGUUUAAAAUUGUUUGAAUUGUUAGAUGGAUUUUUAUUUUAACACAACUGAAACUUAACAAUAAGAUUAUUUAUUUGGGCUAGGAACGAGUGAAUCUCCAUUUUUAAGUUCAUAAAAUUUGAUAACAACUUUUUUACUGGCACAGCAAUAUAAUUAAUUAAUAGAUGGAAUUUAGAAGAUUAACAUCAAUAUUUAUAUUCACACAGAAAAUUCUUUGAGCUUAUUUCAAGAAUUGAUAGAUAUUUAAUUUAGUAAUGUAAUAUAAUUAAUGAUAAGAAGUGCAGAUCCUUUAAAAUAAUCUUAAAUAAAUAUUACAAAUAGCCUUUAAUUUAAUUAAUUUAAUUCUUUAUAUUUAUCAAAUAUAAUAUUCUAUUUUAAAUAUUUGGAUAACUAAAUUUAUUAGUGUGGAUUAUAAAUAAAUAAUAUAAUUGGUAUUGUUAAUAUUGAUAAUAUCGACUAUUAGUCUUCGAAUGCUACAUAUUCCUAAAAUUGCUAUUCUCUUCAAAUAAGUAAUUCCUCUGUAACUUUGUAAAAUCUAAAUAUAUCAAAUAAAGAUUUUUCUUAAUUUUAAGAUAUAAUUUAAGUUAGUGAUUCAAAGCAGGUAAAUCAUAAUAUUAGUAAUUAAAAAAUAAACUAAAUAUUUUUUUAAAAUAAUUAAAAAGCUUGUGUUAGAUAAUUUCAUUCUUGA